AUGGAUCAAUCUUCUAGUGUGGAUAAGUCUCAUUCAGGAGAUGCUAAGCAAAAUGAAGAAGACGAGAAAGACAGUCCUCCUCCGAAGAAGGAACUUGGUACCAAAGCUUCCAUGAUGAUUGUAAUGGUGGAGCAUGAUGAUACGGACGAUGAAGAUGAAGAUGACAUUCCAAGAGAAUUGGAUCAGGCUACUCUGUCCAGAAUGUGCAUGCUGCCUGAAGAAAUAGUCUUGAGAGAAAAGGCACGAAGACUUUCCGAGAUAAGCAUGAAGGAGGCUCAAGCCGAAGCAUUUCUAGAAGAUGAGACCAAGAGAAUGUCUUUGAUUGCCGUUUAUUCCGCAUUUUCUGCAGCUGUAUCAGAAGAGAUUCGCCAAGCUAAACGCAAGCCAAAAUUCUUCAGGAGAGUCUUUUCUUGUUGCUUUUCCUGUUUUGGUAGAAGGCGUCGUUAAUUUUUUUUUAUGUAUAAUGUUGUAU